UGCAAUACGUAAACAAAAUUCGACCAACUUCAACAUAUUCGACGUAAUUAAACUAUAAAAUGUCAUGUGUUUUAAAUAAAUUAGGACAGUUUCAAGACAUUUCGACAGUACGAUCAUUUCUAUUAAACAGUCCGGCUAACUCAGAUUCUCAUUUGGAACCUACGUCCACGAAUGCAAUCGGGGACUGGGAAGAUGAUUGGACUUGGAAUGAGGAUGGGAAUGAUGACACAAAUGAAGCUAAACAGGAGGAUGCAGGAAAUAAUAAGGAGGGGAGUAUAACUAAGGAUGAUUGGUUACAAGACUGCUGUGUAUCCCUUUCUCCAGCCAAUGAUUUGUUGGCUAUAGCCUAUGAAGAAAAAGCAAUCUUUCUGCAGCAAAAAUGGGAUCCAGAUGAAACAGAGGGCGCUGGUUGCAGGUACCACGUCAUAUUUAAAGGGACCCUCAUCCAAGAAGAAGGGGAGUGUAUUACAACAGUUAUGUGCAUACCGUUAGCAUCCCAGCAACGCAGUUCCCAGGGCAUGCCUGACUGGACGUGUGUUAUAGUCGGAUUUACUACUGGUUAUGUUAGAAUGUAUACCGAGAAUGGUGCCCUCUUGCUCUCACAGUUGCUCCACGAGGAUCCUGUCUUGAAGCUCAAGUGUCGGACACAUGAUGCACCUCGUUACCCCGGAAUUGCAGAACAACCGGAAGAGCUUUCCAUUUUGUUUCCGACCUCAUUAGUACUGGUGGAUGGAUUCAGCUUGUUUCAAUCCCUUCGAGCUUGUCGCAACCAGUUAGCAAGAGCACAUGCCAGUGGAACUGAUGCUAUUCAACCACCUCCAUUAGCCUACAAGAAAUGGGGGUUACAGAACCAAGAUGUAAUAGAAGAUCAAGUGAGUUGUGGUGUGAUAACUCCAUGUGCUUUUGAUCAGCUACACACAGCAUCAAUUCUGGGAGGCUAUUCAGCGGCUAUUAAGUCCAAUGCACCCAUCUGUUCAAGAUACCUGUCGGUUGGAUCAAGUCCAUUUGUUGGUGUUUUUGAUGCUGUUGAGGGUAGUACACAGCCUCUAAUGUCAGAUGUUGCAUUUGCAGUAGCCAGCAAGUUGAAAUCAGCCCUUAUUUCUGCUGCUAGAUCUUUGAUCUGGUAUCGUGAUGCCCAGUGUGGCUGGAUUCAAGUCAAAGAGGACAUACACAAGGAGAAAUCGGAGCAGGUUAAAAGUCCAAAGAGAAGUAGAACUGCUACAUUUCCUAGGCUAGCCUUAUUCUUGGUCAUCUAUGCUCCACGGCGAGGGAUCUUGGAGGUCUGGAACACCCAGCAAGGUCCUAGAGUUGCUGCUUUUAACGUGCCUAAAUCAUGCAGACUUCUUGCCCCAGGCCAUGGUAUUUUAGGAUAUAGUCAUUUAUCAGUGCAAGAUUCCAGGCGAAUGUAUAAGCAGCUUCAGUGUGUCUUGAUGGAGCCUAGUGGGUUGAUCAGGACAAUCUAUGUGCCGUUUCAUUUAGCCCUUAGUGAUAAGAACAGCAAGAAAGCCAGAGAUAUGCAUCUUGUAAAGAAACUCUCGAGUUUGCUGCAUAACAGAAAUAAUCUCAAAGAACCUUUGGAACAAGCAAUAACUCCUGUUCUACUGGAUAUUAAGAUUGCAUCAUAUAAGCAACAGGGAUUGAACAAAAUCUUAGCUACAAGAAAUGUGCCAUCUAUGGUUCAGCUGUAUGCCAUGGAAUCACUGGCAGCACAGUUAAGAUCACAAGAACCCAACUCAUUGGAUUAUGAAAGUCAAUGCUUACUCCAGUUUUGCCAGGCUCAGAAAUGUCUUCUAAAAUCUUACAAUGGCAUCUUAAAAAUCAACAGUGUUGACAUGGAAGAGAGGAUGGAUGAAGGCAGUGUGGAGACUCUUGCAGAAACAUUGGCAAUUGAUGCCAUAGAAAUCAAGCAAUUUCAAGAACAGAUUGACAAUUACCUCAAGGCUCGCUACCAAUCAAAAGUGCAUUUUGAAGACAAACCCCAGUUUAUGGAUACCUCUCAAUUUCUGCAGUGUUUUGAGGUUAAAGUUGAACAUCGUUUGGAAAUCCAGGAUGAGAAAGAUGUGGACACAACGAUGGACAACCAGCCUCAGGCAGUGAUCAAGAUUAAACAGAAUCUCAGUGAUGAAGUCCAAACACAAUUAGGUGCUUUUCUAUUUAGAGCUUGUUUAACUGGUGAGAGUGCUGUGCAAGAUCUGUUUCCAAUCAUUGAACAACUCAGCAUUCCAAUUCAGGACUUCCUGGAUUUGAUGAAGGUUCUCUUAGUGAAGACAUGGCUUGGGUAUGAAGAAAAGUUGCUAAGAAACUGUGAAUCCUUUUGUCACCUACACCGGUUCUUAACGCUGUUCAGCGAAGCUGCUAAGAAAUCCAAGAGAGACGACUUCAGUUCCUGGAUUGAGCUGCAAGACAUUGUGUUGAACACGAAGCAAGUUGGAGCUGCCUUGGUUGUUGCUAUGGUUAUUAAGUCAGUUCUUGGUGUGUCGUCGCAGGCUACCACCUCUACUGAUCAGCAGAUGGAGACUGAUGUUACAGAGGCUACCUCUGACCAAUCAGCCUCUGUGAGGACCCCAGAGCUAGGCCACGACUGGGUGAAUAUUCUUGGCACGUCUGAGGCCUGGCGAACAAUUGUAAACCAGCUACAUGAUGUAACGUCCUUAUGCUGUCUUCUGAACACCAAGCCAACCAAGGAUAUUGUUACACCCAUGGAGAAAGGUGACACAGUUGCUUGGACAGCAAGCCAGGAUUUUGGAGUUGGAACACAAACGCCAUUGACCGAUAUCACCCUCAAAACAUUGCUUGAUGGGGGCCGAGAUAUCUUUGCGGAGCUGCUAGGCAAGUGGGUGGUGAAGUACAGUGUAUCUCCAUCAUUUUUAUCCAAUUGCAGUUUGGUUCAGAGAUCAAUGAGUAAUGUUAGUGAUACAGAAAUGGUUACCAUGGACACAGAGGCAGACGAUGAAGGCAAACGCCACCUUCAAAAAUUGUUGUCAGAUCUGCUGAAAAGGCUGCCCUAUAGCUUGGAACAUGACUCCAUUCAGGCACACUGUUGCUGGGAAUAUAUUGUGCAAUGGAAUAAAAGCCCUGAGGCAACUGAUAUGCUGGCACAGGGGCUUGAACACCUUAAGAUGUUACAGAAUGCCAGUCUUAGGCAAGGUGUUGCUACUUUAAUGUGGAGCACAUUCCUGGUCAAGAGAGUGUCAGCUGCUGCAUAUUUGAUGGACAAAGUUGGCAAAGCACCCAAGGAUAGGUUGUGCAGGAAGGAAGUGGGGUUAAGUGAUGUUACACUACAGAAGUUCAUGGGGUCAGCGUGUGAUCUGUUUGAGGUCAUUCAGUUGGUCGAAGGAGAGUCCACAAAACCUCCAGUGUUCCGAAUUGAAGAUCUCUGGCAAGUAAUUCAAGGUUCCACGCCACUGAUGCUUCUUGCGAGCUACCAACAACCGCCCAAUCAACAACUUGUUUCGCUUCACAAACAGCUAUGCACAGUAAUGCAUGCAAUCAUGAAAUUUACUAUGAAAUCUGUGAAACCACUGCAGUAUUUUGAUGCACCAACCAAGAGCACGUUGUUUAAGGAACUAAGUGGUGUGCCACAAACGCCAGAACAAAAUUUCAGUUUAGCAUUAAUGGAGAAAAGACAAGAGUUUCUGAAUAAACUCAUUGUUUCAUCAUUUAAUGAUGUAACACCAAACCAUGAAGAAGACUCUACAGCAUCAACCCCAGAGGUCAUUCCUGUGUCUCCCUCAGCGUCGUUCAUGAUCCGAUUCAGGAAAUGUGGACCAGCUAGCAUCUGGCCAGCAGUUGCUCAACAGCUAGCUCUUAUCUGGAAUGUUGAUGUGGAUAUGAUUAAACGACUCCAUUCAUUACAGUUGUACAGCUGUGGCUAUGAUACACAAGCUGAAGAGGUUUUAACAACUGUAAGUGAACAAACUGAGUUCGCAACCCAGCUGAUGGAGGUCGUGGGUCAGCGACUUCACUAUAUUACGAUUGAUCAAGCAAAUGAAGUAAGUGUGGAAAAGCUGACGUCAGUUCCAGCAAAUCUAAUGAGUUGGAUAAAAACUAAGGAUUCAAGUUUAUUGAAAUGUCGCAAUGUUCCCUUAGCAGACACAGUGCAGUUAAUAGGGAAAGUGGUAGGACUAUUACCAGAAAAUCACAGUCUGUAUACAAGAGCUAUCAGCCUAUUUGAAACAUGCAAUGCUUUAGCAGAAUAAAUCACAUUCACUUCAUAUACAAUUAGUGGCACAUGAUUCAUUAAAAUAAAAGUUAAGGGGACACGUUUGGGAUUAAAAUGUGUCCCUUAAAUAAGGGUUUAAUAGAUAUAUUUCCCCUCACUUCACUGCUUAAAUAGUGUUCCCUUAAUAAGGGCGACCCAGAGGAGGCUCUACUUGAAGUAGGAAAGUUGCUAGUGAUUGGUCAAUCAAAUCUUUGCUCAAAUAAGCGGUAACCAUCCACUAGGUGGUUAUGGAUUAUAUUACUUAUGCAACUUAUAAUUUAAUAAGCCAUCUUGUUCCAAGUGCUCAUGUAAAUGUCAAAGUUCAAGGCUUAUAAAAUACAACUUAUACUAUCAUCUUCAUAUUUAUAAGACAUUACUUAAUAGCUGCUAAUAUUUAUGGUAGUAGUAACUAAUCUCCUAAAAUUAAUAUAACUUUAAAAUGCAGACUAUGUUGCUAUGUGAUUUGCUUCUUUAUAUGCCUUGAACUUUGACAUAGGUGCAUUUGAAACUACAAGAUGGCUUAUUCUGUGCAAUAUUCUUACCACUAGUCUGCCAUGAAUCAAUGAUAUCUAACAUCAUGUAUUAAUUUGUAAUAUUCAUUUUUAAUGACUUACAAUUGAGUGGAACUCAAUCAUUUUGAGGAUCAUCACAUUUUUGUUAUUCAUUAAAAGUCAGAUAUAUCUGCUUUUAAAGCAAUGAAGAAUCAUAAAACAAGACUUAACAAAACCUCUAGUACUGUUUUUGUUUUCUCUUAUACAAGAACUGCUGUUCCAUUAGAACAGUAAAAAAAAUCUAUACAUAUUUAUAGUAUUCACAAAACAACAAAACACUCAAUAAAACCUCUAGUACUGUUUUUUUUCUCUUUUUUAUUUGUAAACAUGCAAAAGGUUGAACCAUAUGCUCUAUGAUAGUGGAGUUGUUUUUUGACAGGCGCAAACAGGUGGCUUAUAUUGUUGAUUCAUUGAGUGAUUGGUGUCAGUGGCAUAGCUAGGAAUCUUUAAAUUGGGGUGGGGGUGCUGAUUAGGGGGUGCGAAGGUGAAUUGGAGGGGGCUCGAUGAUUAGGUGAAAACGGCAUUAGCUCUUAAAAUAAGGUGAUUUUUUAACUAUUUGAGUGUGAUUUUUUGGUGGCGACCACUGGGGCAUGAGUAUUUUUUGGAAGCGUGGGCACCCGUGCACGACCUAGGUAUGCCAUGGAUUGGUGUGGAGAAAGAAAACCUUGCGUUCUGGGAUUAGAGUGUUGGCAUCUUAAAAACUAGGCUACAUCCCCAUGCAGUAUGACUUGUUCGCGGAACCUGUUGCCCAUAGUCAUUAUGCUAUUUAACCAGUCGAAAUUUAGCACAGGCUUACACCAUAUUAAAAUGAAAUCUAUUCAACCAGGCACCCAUGUUAUUGCUUCAUCAGUCAUCAAGGUCUAUGCCAAAAACCUUUCAUCGCCACCAAAUGCCACCACUAAUAACAUUCCAUAACUAUGAAGUUAACAUUCUAGUGCAUUGCCUCUCAAACAGUGGGUCGCCAAAUAUUUUUAUAGGUUUGCAAGAUUUAAGGAUUUUGUUAAAAUUGAAUUUUAUAUAUUCCGCUCAAAUUUUUAAGUGACAUUUAAACAUUUCUCAAUUUUGAUUACCAGUUAAUAACAAAUUUUGAGUAUCUGUUUUUUAUUGUCCUAGGACGUGGGUCACAGCAAAUUACCUGAACAUUUGUUUGGGUUGUCUGCCAAAAAGUUCGAGAACUGAUGUUCCUUUAAGCUGUAAAAACAAUCUAAAACAUAUUUAUAAUAUUUUUAAGCGAUAUAUUGUAUUUUUUUCUUCAUUCACAUCAAACAGGGAGUGAACAGUUACCAUAAAUUAUAUUUACAUCUGUAGUCUACACGCAUAUCAUUUACUCUGAUGGACUGGAACCAGCAUUAUGAGCUGAUCAGUUUAUAAGAAAACCACUCUAGGGGAGGAAAACUUGACAUAAGACCCUGGGGUUUGAUGUUAUUAAAACAUUGAGACAUUCUUUGAAUAAUUAUGUAUUACCUGAUAAAAGCAACAUCUAUAAGUGCAAUAAUAAAACUUAAAGUAUAAAGUAUUAGGAGUCCAAUUGAUAUGCCUUGCUUACAUACUAGUAGGCCUACUGUCUCUUGUAAUGAUAUUACAAAGCUUUUGCCAUAAUUGAAUUUGACAUUUUUUUCCCGAAAAAAGUUAUCUCUAAUUAUUGUUAGAGUUAAAAUUGUGAUAAAUAUUAUUUCAAUUCUGAAUAUCCUUAUUACUGUAUAUUGCAGACAUAUGUUUUUUUUUUGUUAAUAGAAAUUGAAAACAACCAGAGCGGCUGUUUUUAGCAAGUCACAUAGUUUGUUGAAGGAUUAAUCUUGUCUGCACCAAAAAAAAAACUUUGUAUGAAGACAGAUUAAAUGAAGUGUAUGAUAACAUUUCAGAAUGCAGUAUAGAACUUAACAGCUCUACACAGGAAAAUAUUGAGUUAUUAAGGUCGUAGGCGGGGUGAUGCAGGCACUAGGUUAAAGUUGUUAAAAAGCACAAAAAUCCACCUUAUUUUGCGAGUUAGUGCCCUCUAAAGCUUGUUUUCCACUAGGCGAAUCAAAGGCGUCGUUUAGGUCCCUGAGCUCUGACUGGCUGAGUAUUUUUUUCGCUUCGCAAAAAAGUAGAAACUGUUCAAACUAUCAAUUUCACUGAAGCGAAACCCCUGACAGAAAUGUGAAUGCGCAUGAACGACGCUUUCGAUUCACGCAAAUAAAUUUUCCUAGUGGAAAAUUAGCUUAACCUGAGCAUCGAGCCGCCCCCCCCCCCCACAACUUCUCCACUUCAAGACAUCUAGAUAGGCCACUGGGAACACUCGGCUGCUAAAAUCUGUAUUCAGGGGUAAAAAUUAAAUAAUUCAAAAGGAAUUCGAGACAAGGCAAAGUGCAUUGCCUGCCUCAAGCAGUGGUUAGUAAAAAUACUAAAGCUUUUUUGUGGUUGUUGCUGUCACUAUGGUGUUGGCUUAAAAUGGUUACUGAAAUGAAUACUUAU